CCGUGCCCAGAACCCCGGGGUGAGGGGCCGGGAGUGUCUGCAGCGGACGCGGGGCAGCGAUGGCGCCCCGGGCUGGGAGCCUGUGAGCGGGGCCCGCGGCUGGUCAAGACUGGGAAACAGAGGCACAGCCACUUGCCGAAGGGAGCACAGAAAACUAAGGAGUGAAGAUGGCAGCUGACUUCUAAGGAGCAUCAUCCUUUCCUAAGAGACAAGACCAAGAUGACCACUGUGGCCCCAUUGGGAGGUGCCACCUUCCCAGGAAAUGAGACCGCAAUGUCCACAGAAGACUUCCUCUAUAAGAGCUCGGGAGCCAUCGUGGCAGCCGUUGUGGUGGGUGUCAUUAUCAUCUUCACCGUGGUGCUCAUUCUGCUGAAAGUGUACAACAGAAAAAUGAGGAUGAGACGAGAAUUGGAACCCAAAAGCCCGAAGCCCACCUCCCCAUCCUCUACCGUGGGCCAGACCAGCAACAAUGGCGGCAGCCAGCCCACCACCGUCACGUUCAUUCCCGUCGACAUCCACAUGGAGAAUCGAUGACCAGAAGGUCUCUCGUGGGUCCUCAGCCAGAUCUCCUGCUCCAGACAGAUGGGCCCUCGCUGAUAAGAAAGAAAAUGAAGAGCCAGUUUCCUGGCAGUUUGUGUCAAGCUGACGAUGGCAUUUCUGAAUGGAACUGGAGCUGGGAACAAGCCAUAAUAAUCUCUUUUUCCCCCUAGUUAAAAACCUAAGUAACUCCUGUGGCUCACUUAACUUUGACACAGUGGCAAACUGUCCAAUUUGUAUUAACUUUGAUGUUCUCCUUUCUCCCCUAUCUCUAUAGAUGGUUGGAAGGGAUAAUGACUCUUAGAAAGCUGGAGGCAGAAGAGAUUUUAGGAUAUAUAGUGAUAGAACGUAGAGCGUCUGAUCUGUCUUCUUAGACUAUGGACCCAUCACAGCUGAAAGAAGCAUUGGAAUAUAGAAUAUGAGAUUUGGAAGAAUCCUUAGAACAUAGAAUGGCAGAGCGUGGCAGGGAUGGGACCUUAGAACACAGCCUCAGAGCUGGAAGAGAACUUAGAAUGGAGAAUUUUAAAACACACAAUGACAGAGCUGAAUGGGACCAUCUAAACCAAUCCUCCCAUUUUAUGGAUGAGGGUCAAAGGAUCAUAGAACCAGAGCUGAGAGGGACUUCAGUAGGCAUCCAUUCCAUCUUCUUCUUUUUAUAGAUGAGAAAACUGAGGUAGAGGGAGGUAAAAUGACUUAUCUCAUAGGAAAAUGAGAUCCAGAGAAGGUCACAUAAAGCCUUUGAGUUUCUGUUGAUCCAGGACCAGAAUAACUAAAUUAUUUAAAAUUUAAAAUAGCUACACAAUGAUGGGAGUCCCCCCCCCCCCCAAAGGGAUGUCUAAUCUGUGAAUUAAAUCAUUUUCCUGGAAACUCUCUGAUCAGGGAGCACACUAAUUAAAUAAUAAAAUAUAUUGCCUACUUCCCAGAUAAAUUAUGGCAGUGAACAGAGGGCAGCAAAGACAAAUGUGAAACAUCCCUGUAGGACUUAAAUUAAUAUCCAGCAACUCCAAGUAUUAAUUUUAUAAAGUUCAUUAAUAAUCACUUGAAGUAGAAGGAAUAAAAAGGAAAUAGAAGUUUAAAAACCUAAUUAUUUAACAAAAUUAAGACCAUGUGACUCUAAGUUCUCCAUCAAAGCCCCAACAGGAAGACAAGAGAGU